AUGAAGAUGUCGAGCUCUUGUUCUUCCUCCUCCUCCUCCUUCAGUGUCUUCGAGGUCAAUUAUGGCAAGCGUAGGGUCGUUGCCUCAGCAGCAAGACGGCUGCUCCGGCUCUGCAGGCGGAGGGAAGUCGAGUGCUCAGGAGAUGCAGCGGCAUUUAUUCCACUUUCUUGGGGCGAUACCGGUAACCACGUGGAAGGUUGGACGUCAGCAUCAGGUGGAGAUUUACAGACGUGGCAGCAAUCGGAAAGUACAACUACUAGGCGAUCGAGUCAUUCGAUUCGUGAACGAUGUCAGUGUGUUGGAGGAUAUCAGAGGAGACGACCUUGCAAGCAGGACACGCUUAGUUGGGCGUCGUGGAGGAGGAUAAGGCGGAGGACCUCGGUCCAGUGUGGUAGACUAGGAGUGAUUUCAAAAGCUGCGCGGUGGACUAGGAAAAGUACGAAUUGCAGGUCUGUAGCGAGGAGCUUUUGCAAUCAGUAUCUAUGUUUAACUCAGGUUUGAAUAAACUUUACCGUAUCUUCACUUUAUCUCGACCUACUAUUCUCACGUAGAAAAACAAUUACGGAGUCAAGAUUGUUCUAAAACAAGGAGGCAUUGUUGAAGCAGGGUAGUAGCCUUCUGCUCGAUUGUCGUGGGUAAUUCACUGUUUCCCUUCUCCCAAGCUGACUACAGUCGAGCUGCGGGGAAGGUUUCCGUGAACACAAGAGAACAAUAACUUCAAGUACCUUUUGAUUCUCGUGGUAUCGUAUCAACUCUUAGUGACUGGUAACUUCUCCUUUCUAUUCAAUGACUUGCACGCUGUGUGAUCAGUGACUUGCACGCUGUAUGACCGAUGACAUCUACGACCUGUAGUUUGUGCCUGGUUGCAAGUAGGCGAAGAAAGAUCCCUACUGCUCGGAAGGCGAAGGAGGAACAGAAGAGACAAGCCGAAAGAGACUGGUGUUGUGGCGUGUUCUUCCUACCGAGUG